AUGGCUUAUAACUCCGAUCUAUUCGGCCCUCCAAAGCCAGGUUUGUGUAAAAUUGAAGACUUAAUUUUAGUUUAGUAGGUUAUCAGACGGCUCCAAAUAGAAUAAGCGGGAAUGGAGACAAUGAAUUACUUGCAGCCGCUCAGCCCAAAGGCGAUGAUCCCCUGGCCACUGCUUGCCUUGGUGUUGCUACGUAUGUUUACAGCUACAUUUCUACAUUUUAUGUUCCAGAGUAAUUAACAACGCGCUUAUUACCCAUCCCUGUACGGUGCUUCGUAGACAAUGCCAAGUUCACCAAUUUGCUCGAAAACAACAUUUGACCCCCAUUACUCUACUUCCUGUUGUUGUUCAUAUGGUCGGGAAAGACGUAAGUGAAUAUAUAUAUAUAUAUAUAUAUUUAUCUUGCUUUAGGGCAUUUAUACUUUAUGGAAAGGAUCUCUUGGCAAUGGGGUGCUCUGGGCUUUGAGUCGGGUAACCGAGAUUGUGAUUGCCGAUGCCUUCGGCCUUCCCAGAUAUAUUAUCCCUAAUGGAAGCAGCCAAAAAUACUGGCGGCAUAUUUAUUUGAAAGCCGCCACCUUUGCUGUUUCUACCCCGUUUAUCGUGGCUUCCUUUAUUGAAACAGUCAGAGUAAGUUGCUUAAAAUCAGAGAGUUUCUUCAUAAUUUAGAGCAGUAUUGGAUUUGGCUACGAAGAUGCCAGGGUUUUUGAUGUUAUAUACAACGGAUUUGACCGUGUAAAACAAGAUCUUUUUGGGGCUGUUGAUACUAGUCGAAGAAUUGGAGUGCAAUAUCUGAUCGCACCAACCAUGGGUUACUACACGUUACAAUUUAUGAUUAAAGAUUCUCUUUAUAAUAACAUCUACUCAAUGGCUCGCAGAUAUGUGGUGAGUAUAAUCUAAUCUGCUUUUCAUCAUUAAUCUUAGGGAAAGAAACCGGUACACGAGAGGACCAGGUUCCACAUGAUUAUGCCCGAAUUGUUCGCCGGAAUGUCCUCUCUUGCUUUGACAGAUCUUAUUUGUUAUCCCUUGGAGACGGUGCUCCACAGAUUAUAUAUCCAAGGCACCAGAACGCUGAUUGAUAAUCUUGAUACCGGUGCCUCAGCUAUCUCGGUUACUGUAAAGUACACUGGAAUUUUAGACUGCCUCAAAUCUAUUAUUGAAAAGGAAGGAUUUUGGGCGCUUUAUAGUGUAAGUUCGUUUCAAAUAAUCAGUGUUGUUUUCUUUAGGGAGUCGGUGCAGUAGCAUUACAAUAUGGCCUCCACUUCUGUGUGUUACGAACAAUGCACAUGAUCUUUGAACAUGCCAACAAAAUCUUGAACGGGGGCCCCGCUCCACCUGGAUACAACAGUACCAGUCCCGUAGGAAUGAAUGCUCCCUCAGCCCAAUUUGCCGCUGCUUCCGGUCCCUCCUCGUUGGAAGAGUUAUCUCGACCUUCAACUCAACCAUUUCCAAGUUUCGCUCAGACCUCGCAAGCAGCCGAGAAUGUACCUUGGAAUGUGAACACAUCGGUCCGUUCUCUUCCAUCGGAACCUCUUUUCCCAUCCCCAAGACAUGAUCCGGUGUCCUUUUAG